CGCUCUCCCCCCAGGGGCGGAACCGCCUCCGGCCUCCGCUCGGCGUGCGGAGGUUCCCUGAGGCCGGCGGGGCCGCCGCGCGCCCGCAAGAGCGCGGCGCUGCCCGGGACCCCGCCGGCCUGCAGCGGCCUGGACGCCACGCCUCCGCCCCGCCCGCUGGGCCGCGCCUCCAGGGCCCGGCCGGGCCCUGACACACCCCCUGCCCCCGCGCCGCCGGUCCUCUCCCGGCCCCGCAGCCUCGCCGUGUCCGACACGGCGCGAGCAGAGAGGCGCCCCCGGGCACCACAUCGCGGGGAGACACCUUGUUCGGAGCGGAGGCCGAGUCUGGGGACCUCGGGGCGUCCAGUCCCCGUUCCACGGGCCGAGGGCGGGUGUGAACGGCGAGCCUGAGCGCCCGCCCCGCUGGCCCUGCCCUUCCCCCCGGCCCGCUGAGCGGUUUGCCCCCGAGCAGACGCGAGCUGACCCCCGGGCCGCGGCGCGGACGCACGGAUGGACGCCCCGCCGGAGCUGGAGGGCCGCCUGGUCAUGCAGGCGGAGAAGGAGCCCGCGUGGGCGUCGGGGCCCGGCCUGGAGGAGCCCGGGCGCGCGGAGCCCGAGACCUUCCGCAGGUGCUUCCGGCAGCUCUGCUACCAGGACGUGAGCGGACCCCGCGAAGCGUUCAGCAAACUGUGGGAGCUCUGCUGCCGGUGGCUGCGGCCGGAAGUGCGGUCCAAGCAGCAGAUCCUCGAGCUGCUCGUCAUCGAGCAGUUUCUCACCAUUUUGCCCGAGAAGAUGCGGGCGUGGGCACAGACGCGGCGUCCGGGAAGCGGGGAGGAGGCGGUGGCCCUGGUGACACAUUUGGAGAAGGAGGCGGGACGGCUGAGGCAGCAGGUGGGCAGUCCUGGGCACUCAGAGAAGCGAGCCCCACCUGCAGCGGCAUGGGAUGCGGUGGACUUUCAGCCACAGAGCCAGCCCAAAGUGCUGUCCCGGGAAGGAGCUGGCAGCCUCCACGCAGGACACCGGCAGCCGCUGAGCCAAAAGAGGGAGCACCAGCCCUCAGCCAAGGAUGCGUGUCCUUUUCCCUGGGUGCCAGCCCCAGCUGGAGAAUGGGACACCACAGACCAGGAAGGGACAGCCACCCGGCUUCCUGUUGGGUCUCAGGAGCCCCAGAAGGACGUCCACAUGGCGAGAGGCUCUUCCUGCAGAAAGCGUAUGCGUCAGGUCGCUGCCCACAGAGGCCUCCACCAGGACCUUAGGAAAGACGGGGCCGGGAAUGUGGCCUCCCCGGGAAGUGCAGAGUCUCCCUCUAACAAGAGAGCCCUGUCAGAGCCGAGAAAGGAACCGUGGGCCGCAGGCCUGCAGCCCUCUGAUGGCAGGACCGUCCUGAGGAGUGGCUACAUCCGAGAGAAGUCGGCUGGUGCCGGGCAGCUUCCUGCCAGGAACGUGGGCAGGACAUGGAGAGAGCAGCAGCAGUGGGGCUUGGAGGACGAGAAGGUGGCAGGCGUGCACUGGAGCUACGAGGAGACCAAGACUUUCCUUGCCAUCCUCAGAGAGUCCCGCUUCUACGAAACGCUUCAGGCAUGCCCCCGGAACAGCCAGGUGUACGGGGCCGUAGCGGAGUGGCUGCGGGCGUGUGGCUUCCUGCGGACCCCCGAGCAGUGCCGGACCAAGUUCAAAAGCCUCCAGAAGAGCUACCGCAGAGCGAGGAGCGGCCACAUGCUCGAGCCCUGUGCCUUCUUUGAGGACAUGGACGCGCUGCUGAACCCCGCAGCCCACGCAUCGUCCCCUGGCAAGUCGAAGGCGGCUGUGUCUCUCCCCAGUCUGCAGGGCUCGGGGCUCGGUGCUGAGGGGCGCAUCGGUCUGCUGGUGGAGGAAGGAGCCGCAGGAGACUCUGACGAGGAGGAAAGCAGCCUCGAGUUUAUCCGGAAGCCUGAGGUCCGUGGCGCCCCGGUCUUGUUCCAGAACCUGAGUGGCGUGCACUGGGGCUACGAGGAGACCAAGACCUUCCUGGACAUCCUCCGUGAGACUCGGUUUUACGAAGCGCUCCAGGCCUGUCACCGGAAGAGCAAGCUGUACGGGGCAGUGGCAGAGCAGCUGCGUGCGUGCGGCUUCCUGCGGACCCCCGAGCAGUGCCGGACCAAGUUCAAAAGCCUCCAGAAGAGCUACCGCAGAGUGAGGAGCGGCCACGUGCUCGAGCCCUGCGCCUUCUACAAGGAGAUGGACGCGCUCAUCAACGCUCGGGCUCCUGUCCCUUCUCCCUCAAGGCCAGAAAGACAGGGUCCUGAGACCGAACCCCAAGAGCCUCCAGGCUGGGAACUGGAGGAGACGGCCCAGGAGGCAGUGGGAGACGAUUGUGGCGGCAAGAGAACGAGCGAGGAGGGAACUGUGCUCAAGUCGGACUGCCGGGGCUCUCCGGGGCCCCUGCAGAGCCCACGUGGUUUUGAAAUUGGAGGCCGUAUGAAGGAGGAUGCCAUGCAGGUGAUCUGUGAGGACAUGGAGCAGCACAGGCCAUUACUCGGCAAGUCAAAAAGGGUUGUCACCUCCCAGAACAGCGACCCAGGUAGGUGCCGCAAAAGGGAGAGCAUCUCAGGGAGACAAUGGGAGGCCCUCCAAGGAACACGGCCGCCGGGGAAGCUGGGGGCCCAGCCCCGAGACCUGGGGAAAGCUCUGGUGCCUCCAAGGCCCUUCCCGGGGAGGAGGCCCUACAGACUCCUCAAGUACGGAGACAGCUCUGGAAGGGGCGCUCGCCUCCUGUGCCGGGCGACCCACCAGAAGGAGAACCCUCACCAGUGCGCUGUCUGCGGGAAGCGCUUUGGGGGCAGCAGGAGCCUGACCCGACACCAGAGAGCCCACACAGGAGAGAGACCCCUCAAGUGUCCGGACUGUGGGAAAAGCUUUCAGGAUGCCUCCAACCUUGGUGCCCACCAGAGAAGCCACACGGCGGGGAAGCUCUAUCCGUGUGGGGACUGUGGGAAGGGCUUCCCCAGCAGCUCGCACCUGAGUGCACACCGCAGCAGGGUGCACGCCGGUGAGAGUCCCUACAAGUGCGUGGACUGCGAAAAGUCCUUCGGUACCUGUGCCCGCUUCCGAGAACCCCGGAGAGCACACACUGGAGACAGGCCCCACGCCUGUGCACUCUGUGGCAAGCGUUUCAGCAAGAGCUCCGUGCUGGGCAAGCACCGGGAGACUCACGGGAGGGAGAAGCCGCCACCGCCUCCUCCCGGGCCCCCCCCAGAGGCCCCCCAGAAGGGGAAGAGCAGCGAGCUCAGGAAGACUUUCUGACGGCCGCCUCCCUUCCUAGAUGUUCCUGUAGACGCUUCAGCCUCCUCUCAGUCCUGGGAGCAGCCUUUUCUUAGCCGUAAAGUAUAAUUCCCACGGUGAGCCUGAGGACAGAAACAGACAAGACUGGGCCUGUUCUCGCCUCGCACGUGACCACUCUGUUCCCCAUUCUGCGUGUCUCUGUGACCCCCACUGGUGUGGAGCAGACGCGUUGUCUCGUCCGGGCUGCAGCUCCUCCAGCGUGUCGAGGCCACUGCUGUGGGUCGCUCAGGACCUUCAUGCAGGAGUGUGUUCCCAGGGAGAUGGAGAUGUUGUAAGGCUCUGUGUCCACCGCAAGAGACCCGGAUGCAGCUUGAUCAGUUUCCCAUUUGGGUAGCACUUCGGGAGUCAGGGCAGAACCACGUCAAGCCCAUCUCGGCUCUGAGGAUGUUCACAGAGGAGACUGGGUGUUCGCUUCCUUCAGCAGUCGGUGGCAGUGAGACUCUCUAGUGUUGAGAAGUCCAUCCCGGUAGCUAGCGUAGAAUCCCAUGUUGUCCCUGAAGUCACGUCACUGACGCCUUGCCCUCCGUGGGGAAAAGAAGCCCCGGGUCACCCAUCACCUCUGUGCACCGGCCUUUCCUGCCCCUGAAGACGGAAUCCCGUGGCCACUGCUGCUCCGGCCGAUAAGUGGUCCACUUCCUGUGGCCAUUCCCACACGUCCUGCUCUUCCGUCUUCGGGUUCCUGUGCCCCGCCCGACUCUUCUAAGCUGUCACGCCACCUCACACCCACUCAGCUCAGGCCCCCGAUACGACUCGGCAAGAUAAAGUAGGCUUCAGAACAUUCGCGUUCUCCCCUGGAACCUCUGGUUCUGCUAGAACACAGCUGUACUGGCCUAUUUAUGCCUCCCAGCCCCCGCUGUGGUAUAAUGUCACAUGAGCAUAGUUUUCUGAAGCUUUAAGGGGCCGGAAGAAUGAGGUAGGAGCCUGGAACAUUAAACAUCCCUGAGACCAGCUGGACGCCUCAGCCCUGGUCCCCUCAGGUCGGCGGCACUGCGUCCAGAUCAUCACCGCCAGGGCCGGCCGGCCACAUCCGCUGUCCUUUCCUUAGGCACUCUCUCACUUGAAGACACAGGAGGUCAUCUCUUUCCCCGAGUGCGUUGGCAUCUGUUCAGACGUGUGCGGAGUCCGGGGCGCGGGCCGUGGAGGAAGCCCAGCUCGCAGUGCCAGCGGAGGGGGUGGGUGCUGGGAGGCGGGGACGCAGGGAGGCGUUGAGAAGUGCUCUCUGCACACCUGCCAAAACGCGGUGCUCCUUCACUCCUGGACAGAUCAAGCUGCUCUGUGCUGAGCGACAGCCCUCGGUGGUACGCAGCUUCGUGGGUGUGCUGUGCCCAGGAAGGGGUGUGUGCCCGUGGGCAUGUGCUGUAGGUGCCUGUGGGGGCGCUCCGGCUCUGGAGUGAGGUGCACAGUGACAGACGGCACCCCUUAGCAAUACGCACACAGGGUGGGUGACGAGUGAUGGACACGUGGCUCCGACCAGGUGGCUUGUUCCUGCUUCCGCCCUGAGCACUGUGGUGUGUAAGGCGCGUUCUCCACACAGUGAGGGGACACCAGUGAGAAAAGGGAGCGUGGAGCCUGUGCUUGAGGGACUUGAAACGUGAUACAGGACAGGGUGGUGCCAACCACCUGCGUGUCUGUGUCCAUCACAACAGCUCGUGACUCGAGCCUGACAGUGUCCCUUCCCUGCAGAGGGGUUUCUCCAACUGCCUGCCUCAAACGCCCCAGUGGCAGGAGAGGGACAGAGCCCUCCAUCUGCAGUGGGACACGCCAAUCCGAUCUGUUCGGUCUCGUGUGUCUGGGAUCAAGCGGAGUGGACUUUGGGUUCCCCUCCUGGCACUCCCGAUGGCGAGUGGGCUCUAUGGACAUGUAUUAAAUGAGCGUCAUGACCUCAUGACCUUCGUGUCUGUUCUGAGGAAGCAGAAGGUCCUGCCCACCGUUAGACCAAGACUGUGCAUUUUAUCUUUGUUCAGCUGGGGCGUGAAAGUCAAAGUGAAUAGGUGUGCAGUAUCACAUAGCUUCACCUUUAUGAAGAUCCACAGGAAAAGGUUUCAGUACCAGGGAAAGUUCCGGGCCUAAGCAGAAAAAAAAGGUUAUCUUACAAACACUGUGAUUUUUAUAACUUACUCUUUUUCUCUCUUUGUUCUGGCUGCUGGAAAGCACAACAAAAUGUAUAACCCACCUCAGCCAACUACCUGAAACCUUUAUUUAUUUAACCCUGUCUUAUUUCUUUGAAGUUGUCCCAAACCCUUUUUUUUAAACGGCGUAAACGAGCAGACGCUUUGUUCUCUGGCAUGUCCACCAAGGCACCUGGACGCUGGCCAUGCCCCCUGCCAGGCGUGCUCUCAGCCUCACGGGCCCUGCAGAGCCUGUGGGGACUCAGUCACACAUGCAGCCUGAUGUGUUCUGUGGAAGGAAACCCCGCUUGUUUAAAGAGGAAAACGUCACACACACAGGCCGCCCAGGGCCGCUGCCGUGCUGGAAUGGGCACUCCAGCGGAAGCCAAAAGUUUGGUCUUGUUCCAGCCACUUCCUGAGUGGUGUUGGACAGACUGUAGCCCCCUCUGGGCCUGAGCACCAUGUCUGAGGAGAGCUUGAACUUGGCUGCCAAGACUGCUCCAGCCCUGGUGUUUUGAGGCUGGGGAGCAAUCUUGGGUGAGGAGGGGGCCGUAAGGCCAGGUGUCCGCCUGACCCCCACCGCACACAGCCCCAUUUCCUGCCUCAGGCGGGCACAGGGGUGCAGUGUAUGGUCCGGAGCCUGCUCAGAGAGAAGCAUGGACCACUCACGUCAGCAGCAGGCGGCCCCCAGGCACCUCAAUAGCUGCGUGAGGAAACCUACUGUGUGUGGCCUGGAGCCCAGUGUCCGGCCAGGGAAGCCCCACAUGUGUGGCCUGUGAGGUCCAUCUGCACACAUGCUGGUGUGCUGUCUGUCCUCUGUGGUGUGUCACUUAGAUGUCUUCUUGAAAACCUGUGUGUGAAAUAAAUGUCUACAGUACUUGA